AUGUUCCUUCCCACAGCCCUCCUAGCUCUAAUCCACCUCGCCCUCCCCGCUCUAUCCCACGCCUCCCCACAACCAGCCCUAGUCUCCUCAGAUUGGGAGAUGUCACUAGUCCCUCGCCACACCCUCUUCCUACGACAAGUAUCCGAUCUGCAGACCUUUGACGGCAACCUCGGCGGAACGCGUGCAUCACCCAUUACAAAUUCAGGCGACAAAGAACGACCAUUCCAGGUCGAUGGGGACACAUUUACCAGUUUUGAUUCUGCGGCGCAGAGAAGUUGCGAUAAUCAGUUUCAAGGUUGCAGUAACACUGCGAAUAGUAAUGGAGGUGGUGGAGGUAGGGGGAAGAAGGGGAAGAAGAGGCAGGAUGGGGGGUUGAGUGUUAAUGACUGUGAUGAGCAGAAGAACAAGUGCAACGAUGCGCAGAAGAACGCACAGGUCAAGGACUUCAAUAGUGCGGUUGCGAGUACGAACAUUGGUCCUGAUCCUGAUUUUCCGGAUUUCGAUCUUAUUUGUGAAGGGUAG